UUGAGGAAGCUUUAGGAGUUUCUUUUCCUGCUCUCGUGGUAACAGGACCAAACACCACGUGCUUUUCCUUUGAAGUCCGUGUGCUGAAGCUUUUGUGAUGAUAUUCUAGUAUCCUCAUCCGAAAAGUAAGCACCUUCAACAAGUAGCACCACUAUGGCCCCUGCGUCUUGACGCGCUGCCGGUGCGCGCACACUUUUGUGUUGUGGGGACUCUUUGGUUGGUGGUGGUGGCGGUGUGUAGCAUGAAGAAGCAUGGCUUGGUGUGAGCGAGGGGUUCAGACGCUGUUGGCCACCGUGGGGGCUUUCGCCGCCUUCAGUCUCAUGAGCAUCGCUAUCGGGACGGACUACUGGCUCUACUCGCGGGCGUACAUCUGCAACGGAACCAACGCCACCUCGGACGAGACGCAGCCGCAGCCCAGAAGCAAAAAGGGGGACCUGACGCAUUCUGGACUGUGGAGAAUCUGCUGUAUUGAGGGCAUCAAUCAAGGCAGCUGUUACAGAAUCAACCAUUUCCCUGACGACAACGAUUACGACACAGACAGCUCGGAAUACCUGCUGCGUAUAGUGCGAGCCUCCAGCGUGUUCCCCAUCCUCAGCACGGUUCUGUUGAUGCUCGGCGGCUUGUGCGUAGGAGUGGGCCGAGUCUACAGCAAGACAAACAACGUCCUCCUCAGCGCAGGCAUUCUCUUUGUUGCUGCAGGUUUGAGUAACAUCAUCGGAAUCAUCGUGUACAUCUCAAGCAACGCGGGAGACCCCAAUGACAAACGUGACGACGACAAGAAGUAUACUUACUCCUACGGCUGGUCCUUCUACUUCGGCGCCCUCUCCUUCAUCGUGGCCGAAACGGUGGCCGUCCUCGCCAUCAACAUCUACAUUGAGAAAAACAAGGAAGUCCGCUGGAGGGCGCGACGCGAGUUCAUCCGUUCCCUCUCAUCUUCUUCCCCGUAUUCAAGGAUACCGAGCUUCCGCUACCGCCGGCGGACGUCUCAGACGAGCUCUCAUUCCACAGAGGCGUCGCGGGAGAACUCGCCCGGUCUGAAGGGGGCGCCGUCUUCCAGCGGGGCCCUGGACGAGCUGUCUAUGUAUGCCCUGGCGAGGGACAGCGUGACAGAGAACACGUACAGCCCUGAACAUGAGGCGGCCGCAGACUUCCUUCAGGUGCAUAACUGUUUCCCAAAUGAUUUAAAGGACGGGGUCAACCGCAGGACCACGCCCGUGUGAGGCUGACCUGUGGGAGCCUGUGAUUGUCUCAUUCCACGGACACUUUCCUUUUCCCGGAUUGCGAGAUGAGACGGACGGUCACUUCUUUUUUCGUAUAUCCGCUUGUAGAGCUCAUGAAUGCUGCUGAACUCAAGUUGUGUGCACCGUAGCCAACGUGAAAUCAGUGUUAGCGUCGUCUAGCAGCACCCAGAUGCUGUCCAUCACAUCACUGAGGUGUGCUAUUCACCACUAUUCAACCUGGAACUAUUGAAUAAGGUGCUACAUUAUAAUAUCAAGUGUGUGUAAAAUUGUGUGUGUGUGAUGUUGCAUAGAAGUGGGGGGGCUCACUUCAGACUCCAUGUGUCCGUCAAAGGGUCGAUUGUGUGGAAAGUGAUCCCAGUCAGCUAUGUGAACCACCACACUACCUGUAACGUAACAACAAAAUAUUAAAUCAUUUUUAGCAUAGUGGUUCAUAUAGCUGACCUUUCGGCAGCUGGCCCUUUUAUUUAUGUCGGAUUGGUCGAUUGUGUCAGGACACUGAUCCCAUACCAGCUACAAGUCACCAAUAUUAACCACUACACUCCCAAUAAACCAAACAUAGUACAGUCCAGAUACAUUCUUCUACUAUUCAUACUAUGUUUACUGAACUGAAGUGUGUGCCAGUGAUAGCGUAGUGGUUCAUAUACUGCAGAUGACUGGUCGCCAGUCCAUCACAUGUCGAUUGUCAAUGGGAAUUGUUCACAUGCCAGCUGUACGAAAGUCAGCUAUGUGAAAGAGUACGCUAUCAAUGACCCCAAAAGUUGUACAGUAUAAAUCACUUUUGUACACUUCAUUACUUCAAGAAAUUGUGGAAUAUAACCAUCCUCCGCAAUAUCACGGGUUGAUUAUGGUGUUUUUUCAGAAAUUAAUUCACAAUCACUGUUUUUAAGUUUUUCUUAAAGGUAAACUACACUUUUUUUUUAAUUUGGCCCAUCAUCCACAAUCCUUAUGUGAAACAUGAACACAUAUUUCCCUUUUCUGUGCAUUCUAACAAGAGAAAACAAGUUAGUAUGAGCUAGCUAACGAUGCACGUCAUUGGGACCUGCCUAUAAGCCUUUGAAAAAAACUCUCUACUGUUUCAUAUGCAUGAAACUUCUUUCCUAGCUGCAUUGAUUUACGCUACUACAAUGUCCGCUCUCCUUGGGAUGGCUGUGUCUUCCAGCACGAGACGUGUGCUCCAGUCUUCAGGUAAAAAAUUGUGACAGCAAACCAGAAUUUUGUUGAGUCCAAAUUGAGAACUGGGUAUCCACUCUUCUGUCGGUUACGCCAUGACUAAUGGUGAGCGAGGCGUUGUGUUACUUUGCCAGAUAAAUACGGUUUUAUAAUAUAGUUAGCUGCUACAAUAACAAUAUCGCAGUCGCUCGGUUAAUAUACAUGUCAGUUAUGUAAAUGGAACACUGCUGAGGUUUGUUUUGUCAGUUCUGUAGCACCAAAAUUGGGCAGGUCCCAAUGACAUGCAUUGUUAGCUAGCUUAUACUAACUUGUUUUCUCUAGUUAGAAUGCACAAAAGAGGGAAAUAUGUCUUCAUGUUUCACAUAAAGAUUGUGAAUGAUGAGGAAAAAUUUAAAAAGUACACUUUUCCGUCAACACAGCAUGAAGUCAUGAAGUCAGCCAUGGCAUGUCCGACAUGAUAGAGAGGGGGAAAUAAGCUCUCCUCCCAUUCCGUGUGGAAGUGGUACGUUUUUGGCUGUUUAAGUUUAGAAUAUUUAAAAUAUUUUUAAAGUCAGCAGCUAUAAAUGAGGGUCGACUAAAUAGAAUUGUGAGUCAUUGGAUGACUUUUGUGAAGCUGGUAUGGCCAUUUUUCACACAAUGGCCUCAAAAAUGGCACAAUACAAAUCACUGAACUGGGGCCAAUUGGCAAGGUAGUGGUUCACAUCAAAAAAAUGUACGUAUACAAUGCAAAACACUUGGGCAUUGAAUUUACCUGAACUGGCAGCCAUUAGUGGUAUAUUGAAACUCUGUCUUUCCCCCAGAGGUCAGCUGGGAUAGGCUCCAGCCUUGACCCUAAAUAAGAAUAUCACUGCUUGCUGUAUGUGACAGAAAGCAGCUGCCUAGGUAAUACCGAAAGCAUUAAAUCCAGCCUCUUCCUGCUUUGAGUAUGUAAACUACAUCCUAUGGCACACAUGCACGCACCUUAAAACGUAAAACAUAGCUACUAAGGUGACAUA